AUGUUCAAAUUUAAGAGCGAAGCACAUCGCACUAUGUUUCUACGCAUGGUUGCAUUGCAGAUACGUUGCAACCUGCUCAGAAGAUUCGGUGGAGUACGACAACAAGAGUGUAGACUAUUACGAACAAAAUCAGCACGACAACUAUUAUUACACUGGGCAGAGGAUAUAGUCGACAGAUUACCAAACGAGGCACCCGCACAGGCGGCUUUUGUAGCAAGAGAGUCAUACAAAGUACCACAAAAUGUUUUGCGUCAGGACAAUGUACAAACUAUACUUAGAAAUGAUGUCAGUAUACGCUGGCUAGUGGCACGUCUAGAAGAUGGAUCUGCCCUAGUACCAAAACCGUACUUUCCAUCACUACUCAGAUAUAACAUGAUGCAAUUCCCAUUCGCACCAUAUGAUAUAGAUAAAGCAAGACAUCUAUAUGGACUUCUCAAAUUCCCAUUCUAUCAACUCACAGCAGAUGUUAACAGGUCGCCAGCAGAAAAAUUUAAAGGACUCAAACAACCACUCAUGCCUAAUGAAUGCAAAGUACCUGGUAAACACAAUAUCGCAUCAGAAGCUAUAUAUCAAGAUGGAGGAACACUAGCAACAAAAGACUAUAUAUAUGCACCAAGCGAAUUAGAAACCGGACUCUCCGGAAAAGUCAUAUAA